AUGACGAGCACGACGUUCUCUGACAGCCACCCCUCGCCGUCUCCGACGACGGCGUUCAGUCCUUUCUCGACCCCGCACUCCCACGCGACCGACUUCGCCACUUCAGACGAAUCGCCGGACCUCGGCGCGUUCCGCAACGUCUUCCGCACCUUCCACGAGCUCCAACCGCGCUGGCCCGCGCACCUCGCGCCCGCCCUCGGGCUCGGCACCGGCACGCCGCCCACGACGGACCGCGACGCGCGGGGCCUGACGCCGACCGAUCUGGACUCCUCGCUCGAUCUCGACGGCGCAGAGCUCCACUCGACCGUCUGGGCGCAGCAGCCCGUCGCGCGCUACCUCGACGCCGCGAGCCCGCCGCCCGGCUCCGCGACGCCCAGCUCGUCCGCGACGAGCCAAUCGCAGUCGCGGGAUUAUGGUGUUAAUGAUGGUGGGUACUCGAGAAGGAGCUCGCCGACGCGCAGCGCGCUCGUCACGCACGAUCUGCCGACGCACGAUCUGCCGCGGCCGACGCUGGGCGGGCUCGACGCCGCGUUCGAGUUUCUCGCGAACGAGCGCGCGCGCCUCGCCGCGCAGCGCGCGUCGCUGCCGGCUAUACCGCUGCGCCCGCUGCCGCUGCCGAUACCGAUCACGUUCGAAUCGUCGCUCGAGCCCGAGAGCCCGAUUACGCCCGGCCGGUCUUCGCAUAACAAUAAUAUUAACAGGCGGAGGAGGAAGAGGAGGGCGAGCAGUCUUGUGCGGACCAGUGGAGGGGGGGGUGGGAGGGUACAUGUGCAUGUACGCGGCCACGACGCCGACUUCGAGGACGCGGAGGACUCGUACGACGAUAUCGGCUCGCCGCUCUCGCCCGCCCCCGCGCACGGACACGGGAGCGCAAUGCCCGCCACGCCGUCCACCGCGCGACGGCUGGCCGCGACGGCCGACACGACCGCCGCGGGCCUGCUCGCCGUCGCAGCGUCCACCACCAACUCGGCCGCGAAGCCCAAGUCGUCGCCGCUCGCCGCGAAGGACAGGUCCAAGUCCAAAGCGCUCGCAAUGUCUAUAUCGAAAGACCCGUCGGGCUCGGCGGCGGACUACGCGCACCGGCUGCACCACGCGCGCUCGACGCCCGUCCUGCGCACACCCGCCCCGCAAUCGCAGAGUCAGACCCAAACUCAGUCUCAGACGCAUCUGCAGCAACGCGCGCUGGACCCGCAGCGCGUCCGGCUGCGCGCGCUGGCUAUUAAGCUCAAGUUUCUGUUCCCGGGCGACGCGGGGCGGCUGGCGCGCGUGCUCGCGCAGCCCAGCAUGGGCGCCGAGUCCGGCGGCGUGCUCGAGAGGGGCGGCGGCGAUGGGAUGGAGCGGGAUAGUGCCCUCGACGGAGAGGCGGGAGGCGUGGAGGAGGAUUUUGCGGAUGUGCGCGGCCCGUCGCCCGAUCCCGACCCCGGCUCUUCAGAACCCAUAACGCACGUCUUCGUCGACUAG